AUGAACAAUGAAGGUGUUUUACCUUAUUGCGUCACCAACGGCUACCGUUCGAUGGGUGUGUUCAAUACCUCCAUGGGAGAUCUACAGAAACAACUCCAUAGGGGAGGAGAGUAUGACAUUUUUAAGUAUGCGCCAAUGUUUGCGAGUGACUUUAUCCAGAUCAGCAGAAAAGGCGAAGUGAUUGAUGUAUAUAACCAUGUUCGAAUGGUGACCGUGAGCAUCACAUCUACCAGCCCAGUCCUCCCACUGCCAGACGUCAUGUUGUUGGCGCGGCCAGUGAGAGUCUGCGAAGACCACAAUGGGUAUAGCCAACCCACCAAAAGGAAAAGUCGAAAGGCCACAAAGACCUUAGAGCUUACCAGGCUCCUUCCCUUGAAGUUUGUCAAGAUCUCUAUACACGAUCGAGAAAAACAGCAACUGUGCCUGAAGCUUGCUACUGGACGUUCCUUUUACCUGCAGCUGCUCCCCUCUUCAGAUGCAUGUGAGGAUCUCUUUUGCUACUGGGAAAAGCUAGUCUUUGUCCUGAGACAAACAAUGAAGAAUUAUAGCAGUACCCCAUCUGUCCAAACUGGGGAUUUAGCAAAUACAUCGAAAUGCUUGACAGAUGACAAUAGAAGCAUAAUGACUGCAGAUCUCGAUGCAGAAGGGGUUCGGGAUGAAAGCAGGCUUCACAAGUUCCAAGAGGUGUCUGGAGCUACCUCUUCUGCUUAUGCAGGAGGAGAAGGAAUUGGAAUCCAGCAGCCUUCUCAUGGAAUGUCUGCUUCAAGAGCAGGGCCAACAACCAGCUACACAAUGGGAGCUGCAGUAGCAGGGACAACAGCAGGCUCCACAGUGGAAGAUGCACUAGCAGGGACAAGAGCCGGCUCCCCAUCGGGAACUACAGUAGCAGGGACAACAGCAGGCCGUUCAAAGAGUGCUGUAAACAUUGCAAUCACCAAGGCCUCAGGGCCAGCACAGACAAAUGCGGCCUUGGCAGGAGUCAUCACCAAGAGUCCAAGAGUGAGUAGAGGACCCAGCAAGGCCAUAGCAGGUACUGCCAUUGUGCCCUCAGAGAGUGCUAACAUGGUCUUGGCAAGUGCUAUAAGCUUAUCUGUAGAGGACACAGUGGCAACCAGUUACUCCCCAGGAAGUAGCAUGAACACGAUCUUCACAGGAGUGCCAACCAACAAGCCUGUUUCAAAGGAUGCUGAAUUACCCCAUCACUCGACCUUGAAAAGUGAAGGCUAUAUGAGUGAGCAAGAUGGAAGACAGAGGGUCUCCAAGCUCAAUAUUGAAGUUCAGAAGGAAAAAAAGGAAAGAAGAUCAAAGAGGGACAAAAAUCCCACUAGGAUAAGUUCUCACCACCACAGGAAAGGUGGGGACAAACCAACCCAGAAAUCCUCCUCCCACUGGUCCUUAGCCAACCAUGGAGCUGGGAGAGAGGACAAAAAGGAGAGAGGUCAUAGCAACACAAAGGGCAAAGGACAGAGGUCCUCUUCUCACAAAUGUAUUAUCCGCAGUCCCACCCCAAAGGCAUCCAGGACAACUCGGAUACUGGGGCAGACCCAAUCUUCCACAACUCGCUCAGAUCUAGUACUUAAGAUAGUCAGCAGGAUCAGCUCUUUCAUCAAGAACUUUGGAGUUGUCCCUGCUUCAAGAGCAGUGAUUACAUCUCAUGAGAGAGAGUCGGACAUUGUAGCCGCGACUAUGGAGAGGUACAACAUUGAGUAUAAGAUGGAGAAAGCACCUGGACAUGUCCAGGAUGUGGAGAUCACUGAUUCAAUGACAUCUGAGACCACAGAGACAAUAAUCUUUGCUUCUAAAGCCACUUAA